UGACAAGCACAAAAUGAAAUAGGAACAUGCGUAGCAUCUUGCAGACACCUCCGAAGGAGAUAGUUACAACGCCAACAACAUUUACAAAUUUGCCCGCCGCUUAAGUUUGUUAUGGCGUCUGAAUCCGUUGAAGGUGAUCGCUACAAAUGAUGAAAUCAAAGAAAUAAAUCAAUUACAUUAUGCAAAUAAAGUUUUAGAUGUCUAUAAGUGAGGGAUGGACUUUAUUGGUGCAGUUGAAAUUGCCAAUCAUCUUCUUGAAAGGUUUGGAGUUGAGAAAAAAAUUAAGGAUAUAAGUGACUGUGAUGAGGGGUUUUUCAUUUUACUUUAUGAAGCACUGACUGGAGAGCUUCCAGAAGGAAUCAAACAAAAUGCAACAAAGAAACAAGAGAAGAUCAGAAAUUGUCAACUCAUCAUUGAUGCUCUUUCUAAAGAAGUACUUGAGACAGACCUUUCACAUAUUGAGGCUGCUGACAUCAUAAAUGGCAAUAUUGCAACUAUAGGAAAUCUGCUAGAAAUUUUUAUGCGGCUUCUUGAGUAUAUCUUGCAAGAAUUAGAAAAAGAUGAUGAAAGUAUAGAAAUAGAUGAUGGGCAAUCAGAAGAAAAUGAUUCAAAUUUGUUGUCAAGUGAUCAUGAAAUAUUGUCAGAUGUUAUUCAACAAGAGUUUGGAGAUGAAGAAAAAAAUGAAAAAUAUCGCUCUAGAAAAGGCUCAGCUAAGAUUAUGGAAAAGUAUCUUAUGCCAACAGAGCAACCAACACAUGAAACAGAUGAAGAGAAUCCAUCAGUCCAUGAUUUCACUCAAGACAGUCUUGACCAACCAGAGCAUGGUGGAGGCUACAUCAAGAGUUUGGGUCGUUCUAAAGCUAAUUGUACUUUUCAAAUUCAGCCAUUUGCAUAUGUAUCAUCUGCAGGAUCAGAUUGUACAGAAGAACUUGCCAGAGAGGCUGAAGAUUAUAGCAAACAUGCCAGGAAAAAGGACAUCCAUAGUGUUUCAACCAGCAAGCUGAAUAGAAAUCCUGACGAGAAAAUACCGAAUGAGAACCUAAGGAACACUGAUCCAGUGUUAUUGACCAGUUUUUCAAAGAUGAAGCAUCCAAGAAAUGAGUCUCUUAAAAGCUCAAUGUCAAGUGCAAGUUGGCCUAGUAUUCUUUCUACCAAUGAGCUGAAUGGAAAAGACAUGGACACUCCAUAUAAGGAAGUCGGGGUUCGCCCACGUGAACCUUUUCCUUUUGAAACCGAAGGUACUGGAAGUCAACGACCAGUUUCUGUGAAUCAUCGCCACGAACAUUAUCAUUACUACCAUCAGAAAACUCGCGAUAAUCUGGGAAAGAAAUCAGAAGAUGAGUUGAAAUCUGCUAGAAGUAACCAAAAAGGAGAUCGCGUUUCUGAUAUUGUAGGUGAAAGCAAAUCAGCUCGCGAAGAAAAAGAGCUAUCUUGGAAAAGGCACAGUCAUAAAGCAACGCCCAUCCAUGAUCAGGUCGACAAUACAGAAAUUCACCCUCCAAGCAGGCAGCAUGUCAGCUCCGUGCAAAAUAACACUCAGCAGAAACAUCAAGUUUCGUCUCAAAAGGACGAACAGCCCACGAGAAUGCGAUCGGUUCAUACAUCGGUUUCUGAUAUGCCUUAUGUAAAUGAAGAUGAGGAAAAACUACCAAGCUCUUAUCAAGCUGCUACAGAAGAUCGAUCGUCGGUCUCCGAGCUUAAUGAGCUACUCAAUUUGAAGGCGGGCAGAUGCAAUGAGGCAGAGGCAACAGCCAGGCCAAAGCCCGAAACACUAAGAGAACUCGAUAAAAAACUUGAGGAGGUUCGUGCUGCAGUUAGAAUGUUGGAACAUAGCGAGCAUUUACCUUCUGAUCCGAACACCGUGAAUAUCAAAUCACUGCGAAAGUAUUUGGUGGAUGACGCCAGAAGGUUUCCCUCUGGAUUGAUUGACGAAGUUCUCUCUGAGGAGGCAAAUGAUUCUAUUUGUAGUGACAGUGAAUUCGACUAUGGAAACAUCCAUCACCAAGCGACCCAGUCGGAGUAUGAUGGGGCACUUUCAGUUACUAGGAGGGGUAAAGCUGGGCACCAUCGAAAGAUUUCAUCCAAGCAUUUCAGCAAGGAGAAAGAUGAUGUCCAUGGAGUCCUGACACCUGAAAACAGACAACGAAAAAAGAAGGUCCAGUUUACAGAUCACCUUAUUGAAAGCAGGGACGAGAGGCUCGAACGUCUUGUCAAAGCAUUGAAAGAGGAAGAUCAAGAAAACGAGGAUAUGAUUGCCUCAGUAAAAAAUAGAUACUCGAAGAGUCUGGUGGAAGCUCAGAAAGGACAGAAAAAUAAACUGAAAAAAGACGCAGAGAAGCCUUUUCCUAGAAUGGAAAGCAUGACCCCACAAAGCACGAAUCACUGCGCAAGUAGAUUGGCCAGGAUUUAUGGACAACGUGCUCGCAAGCCGACGAGAGAUGUUAGCAAGCAGAGAAAAAGAAGUGCAUCUAGCAGCCCUGUUGCAAAGAGCCGCAGAAAAGGAAGAUUGGUGGUUGAAGAGGAAGACAUUCUCCCAUUAAUGAAAGAGGAGUUCCCUCAUUUAUAUCUGUCUCCAGUUACUGCAAGACUGAUGUGGCAGAAACAAAUGAGGCAGAUUUCCAACCUCACGAAAGCAGCUCAUCUCAGAAAGCCGACUGUAAUUCAAAGACAUAUUGAAGAAUCAAAACGAAAACAAGAAGCUCUAGUGGAAAUCAUGAAAAAAGAACUGGAACAUAAUCGGAGACAGAAAGAGGCUAAGGAAAAGUCAAGGGAGCAGCGGCAAGUUAAAAACAAGCUCAGAGAAAGGCGACUGGCCUCUGCGAGGGCACGUAGAUAUUACGAUGAUUAUCAAGUUCGUAUGCGUGCACGGAUGCUGAAAAGGCGCACGAAGGAGGAAAAGAUAUUCAAGCAAUUGUUUGAGGACGCUCUGGAAAUUCAAAAGCAAAGAGUGAGAGAGAUUCGAUCGUAUGCUAAAGAGCAGAGAGCUGUGGACACCCAGCGGAAACAGAAUGAGUUAGAUUCGAUUGAAAAUUUCUAUCGUGAUCAAUUUUCAAUGAUGGCAGAGGCAGUGGCGAGAGAACGCUACGAAAUACAAGUGCGGGAAAAGGCCCAAGCAAAGGUGGUUGAUAACAUGCGAAAAGGAAUACGACAGCGCAUGGAAAACGAUAUAAAGUGUUUGCAAGACGAACUAGUAAAAGAUGAAGACUCGGCCUACUUCCGUCAACUGGAUGCAGAGCACCUACGAAAAGAGCUACAGCUUGCUACUUACAAGAUGCGUAUGUAAACACACAACUCCUUAUCCAAUUAACUGAAUAUUCUUCUAGUUAAUUAGCCCUCAAUUGGUAAUGCUAUUAUUGCAAGUCCUAACACACAUAACGCAUAUCUAAAGCUUAGCCAUCGAAAUAUGCGUGAGAACCUAAGAUUGCUCGAAGAUCAGUAAACUUUUAUGGCAAGAUCCCGACUAUAAAAGCAAUUGCUAAGGUAGCUAUAGCGAAAUUAUAUUGCGCUUUUAGCUUGGAAAAAAUACACUGAUGUAGUGUAAAAAAGAUUGCAACUGGUAAUGUCGAUGGUUUUUAUAUUUCCAAUGCACAAAGUUUAGUGCAGUUUUAGUUGAAAAAAGGACGGAGUUUUUCUUGCGAUGCAGUAUAAUGAAGAUUGUCUGAUUGAGCAAUGAAAUCUGGCGGCAAAGUAAACAACAUUACUUUUUUAUCUCUUAAGGAUUGCAAAGCCUAAAAUUUGUGGUUAAGGCGAUUUGUUAGUUUAUUUCUUUGAAUUUUCCUUUAUGGAACUUGAUUACUAUGUUGUCUCGGAUAAAACUUCGUCUUCAGAUCAGAAAAUACUUGCUGCUGUAGCAAAAGGCUAUCCUCCAACGUAAUAAUGCAAAUUUGGACCUUAAUGCCUAACUUCUGUAUACGAAAUUGAAGUUUAUCUUCCAAAGCUAACAUUGUAUGCCAAAAUAUGAGGCCUUCAAACGGCCAAAUAACCUCUGUGAGGCUAUCAAGCAAAGUCCCCAUUCCAGCAAUCGGUUUUGUUCGUGUUUUCAGAAAGCUUUUCGAACCCUUUUGGCAUUGUCCGUCGAAGUGAUGAGCCACAAUGACUCGCUACUCAAGUUAUUUUGCCCAACUAUAGAAAGCUCUUCACCUUAUUCCAUUGUGCAGUCAGGGAAGCCGAGUAAACAAAGUCUAUGUAGCUUAUUUAUAGAGACAUACUGGUUCAUUAGCAGUUUUUGUAUUCAACGACGCCAAGUUGCUGUACGUUGAUCAUAUUAUCCCCUAGCUUGUAGACAAUCUGCUGUAAAGUUGUUAAGCGCGCUUGCUAUUCCCAAAGAAACAUAACUAUUUUUUAAGCUUCGAAUUGCGGUAUUUCUGCUGACAGCGGCGCCUGUAAAUCUUGCUGGUAUAAGUGAAAACAGAAAUGGAAGCAGUUUUAGUGUGAAUAAGAAAGACAUGAUCUGUUUUCAGGGAAUUAUCUCUCAUUAAAAGCCAGGUAUGGAAACUAUAUCCACCGCUCCUCAGGCUUGAACACAAAGAAACAACAACAUUUGAAUUAAGCGAGGACUGUAUCUAUCCAAAAUAUUCAGCUGCUAACCGGCCUACAUUUUACUAUCAGCAAAAACACGUGCAUCAAGUAUGACAUUGCCUCCCCCUAUGCUAAGAGUGUCAUACUGGCAUGCUGCCAAGCUUACGCAGGGUAACUUCGCACGCCUAUGCUCGAUGCUCCCUAGCGCUCCGCCACACCAAGUCAAUAGCAUUUGGUUAUGCCGCAAGGUCUUCGUACGACUAUUAGCCUUCAAGUAUUUGUAAUACAGUUCUAAAUCAAGAUAAUCAUGCCUGGAAUGUAUGCAGUAAGCGUCUUUUAGGACUUAAUAAUCGUUCUGAAAUACAACGAUUGAAUCAAAUUCUCGUUUUCUUUUUAAAAUCUUUUGUGUGCAAGUAUUAGCAUGAUUUUGAGCUAUAAUCUAACAAUUUGUGCCUUUAUUUUUAUGUUUACGUUUUCACUACAAAAGUUUCAUGCCAUAUUUAACACCUAUCCUUGUAAAUCAUUUAAUACCAAGUUUACACGAUGUCCAUGUCUCAGGGUAAACAGAAAGACGAUGCGGUAUGAAUUUUUAUACCGUACGCCACGCCUUUUGAGACAGUUUUUCGUCGUACUCAUUUGACUGCAGUAUCACGUAAACGGUGUGCAAGCCAAAGAUACUGGAUAAUAGUGGCGUAUCUACAACCAAAUCGUCGAUUUCCGCUUGCGCAUGCAUUCAGUCACAUUCGCUUGAUGAUGAAGAAAGUGAAGUGAAUAUCCUGUACUGGUUUUCCUGUAAAAGCACUUCUUUGUUAUCUGUCAACAGCACUUAUUGUUUCUUUUUCUCUCUACGAAUGUGAUUUUCAAACAGGCUUGAUCUUGAAGAUCAACACAAAGAUGCCUUGUUUUUUAAAGAAACUACAGUAGUAAAACUACCUUCCUCCUUAGCAGCAGACAUGUUCCUCGAAAGCACCAAAAAGCUCCCUUGCUGCCGAUAAAUAUCUUCAUGAAUUUUCCUCAUCAUUUGAAAAAAUCAUCUUCAUAGGCAAAAAUAUUUUUCUUUAAAACAUCAAAAAGAUUUUCAUUGAUGAAUGUACAGAUACUUGCUAAAUGUAGAAGACAAUUAUUGCUGAUGUUGAAGACAUCUUGCCAAUAAAGAAAGAUUUUUGUAAAGAAAGACAUAGGCAAAAAUAUUUUUCUUUAAAACAUCAAAAAGCUGCCUCAAUACCGAAUGAAUCUUCCCAUUUUUCAUCUAUAAUUUUCCACAUAGGUACCAAAAUCCCUCAACCUGAAAAUUUGGCGAAAAUUUCCCUCAACAGGAACAAGAGUCUCCAUAGCUACGUAGCCUCCUUCAUCGGCCAUAAUUAUUUGUCACAAGCAACAAAAACCUUUAUCAGCAACCAAUGAAUUUUUCAUUCCUAAAAGAUAUCUUCUUCAUUGGAAACAAAAACUUUCUUUUUUGGAAACUGGAAUCUUCUACGCUGGAGGGAAAAGCCUUCUUCGUUAGGAAGAAACAACUUGAUUGGCACAGAAAAAUAUUCAUUGUCAACAAAAAUGUUCUUCAUUAGCAAUGAAUAUAUUCUUAAAUUGCAAGAAGUAUCACCUUUAUCGACCACAAAACAUCAAGACUAGCAACAAAUUUUAUCUACGUUGGCAACAAAUAUAUUUUCCAUUGCAAAAAUAUUUCUUUAUUGGCAAGAAAAGUCUUCAACAUCAGCAAUAAUUCUCGUACAUUCAGCAAGUAUCAUCAAUGUACAUUCAUCAAUGAAAAUCUUCUUCGUUAGCUGCAUUAUCAACAAAAAUUGUCUGCUUUGGCGACGAAUAUAUUUUCCAUUGGCAAGAAAUAUCUUAUUCUAUGGAAUAUAUAUCCGUUUUAUCGUCAACAAGUAUCUUCUUCGUUGGAAAUAAAAGUUUCUUACGUCUAUCUUGAAUAAGCUUCGUCACUAAUACGAAGUCCUUAAUUUUUCUUAUUUUCAAAAUGCAUAUCAGUCACAUGAAUAAAUUUUCUCAAUGAAACACAAACUUUCAAUAUGAUUCCAAAUAGUCUGAUUGAUGAAGUAUUUUCAAGGCAUCACUUUCAAGUGUUUAAUUAUUCCAUUCUCCGAGGUUUCCCUUUGAAGAAAAUUUACCACAUAUCACUUUCACAAGUACAUAGGUGCUCAUAUCUUCGCAUUUCUGCUAGUGCCGUAAAAUGUCAUGUGCUUCUUUAGAAUCCCAACGUCAUAAAGAUCUAUGUUUAGAAUUUUGGCAACAUGAUCUGAGCAUUAUGAAAUGCAAAAACGGUUAAAUGUGUUACAUAUUGGUUGAGAUAUGGUCACAUAACUACAGGCUCAUUCCCCAUCAAAUCACAGUGCUUUGGACGUGGCUAUGAAAUCUAUGACCCGUCCAAAUCCAACAAUUCAAAAAACUCUAUACACUGACUCUACACUUUUAUAGGUAUUUCAUGGUAAUCUUUGGGUUUAUAGGGUUUAUGACAUCACAAUUCAGAACUCUGUAUGGAUUAGACUGGUUCGAUCUAUUGUCAAAGUGAUUACAGCUCUCUGUGAUGAAGGAGAGCAAGGCAGAGAGAUAACGUGUACCCACAGGCAUUGGGUGUUGCUCAACUUUCUUUAUAUUGUUUACAAUCCUGACUUUACAGUGUCCUUUCCUUGGGUGUUCUUAGACUCUAAUAUUUUAGUAUGGUUAUUCAUUGGUUGCCAUGCUUUCAUUCUCAAUUCACAUUAUCCUUCUUAAGAUUUUAGUAGUACCUUUAGAUAAUGAGGUAUGUUUUUUUGCUCCACGAAAAUUUGUAUGAAGCAUUCAGAAGUUGUUUUCCUUCAUACGAAUAAGUAUGUAGCUCUGCGGUGGUCAAGAAUUUGUUUAUCAAAGGAGACUAUAAAAAGGCUUUACAAAGCAACUGAAUAGACCAUUGACCGACGUACAAAGUUUAUUACGUCACAAAAACAAAGCAUUGGCAAAUCUAUAUAGCAACAAAAUGAUUUUCUAACGGUAAAUCAUUCAACUCUAUACAACAACGAUUUCACUGUUGUUGCCGCGCUUAACGUCCACAAUAAGAACUCCAAAACAAUGCCUUUGAAACAGAAACAGACAGUUUACUGUUGUUGCAACAAACGAUAUUUAUAGCAAGAUCCCUGACCUUAGACCCAAAGCUAAUUAGAUACUUCCUAAACACUAUAUUAGCCCAAGAAGAAAGCUGUUUGAUCAAGCCAACAGCGAAAUUCUUAUUUCGAAAAGUGGUUUUUAGGAAUAAAUGAUAUAUUCCACAAAUUUGAUAUUUAUUAAUAGUACUCAAAUUUGGCACGUUUAUCGCUUUUUAAGUAGCAAUAGGCCGCGGUUUUUCUUCUUGUGACAUUCCUGAAAUUUCACUUUUACCCACUGAUGAUAUCAAUGACCUUGAAGGAGACUUGGUUACCCAACAACGAGGAUAGUAUUUCUAUACAUUGGUUGGCUUUACAUCGUUUUUAUCAGUUAGGUGAUAUCUAAGUGACGUCAUCAUCUGCAUACUUUUGUAUCCUGCCAAUCCUCUGAGGAAAAAAGCAUUAUAUUCUAAUCCCAGCAACCACAUUUUUAGCAUGGAAUCGAGAUAAAAGAUAAGAUAGAUACUUCACGUCAUAGGUUUCAAGUUCCCUCUAAAAUCUAAACGAUGUGUUACUUGGAAGAAAAAAAUUCUAUCGAUGUGGCUCGAGCCGCUUUAUCAGUUCAAUCCCGUUAAAGUUUUUUUUUGGUUUCGUCACUGUCUCUCUUCCAUUCAAAGUCUGAUUUCAUGCAAGUGUUUGACUUUGGCGAAUAGCCACUUUAAAACUGCUUUUCGUUGUUAUAACCUUAUUUGCCAUUAAUCUGGAAAAAAGGUUUAUCUCUAAUCUUCAGUUUUAUAGGUUUAAGUUUUUGAAACUUUUUCGUGGCUUAAUGGAGUUGGGCAGGAAACCAACAGCUCUUUCGAAAAUUAUUUCGCCUCACCCCUUGCCCCUUUUCACUACUGUUAAAUAGAAGCAUAUUCAAGCCUCGCAUCCAUAGGAUCUAUGAUAUCACAUCACUAAACAGCACCAAAUAUCACAGGCUUACGUUGGUAACUUCUUCAAUCACGCUUGCUUUUGUGACCGAACAAUUUUAUUAUCCAAAGACUAACCAGAUUUUCACAACAGAAGUAAUCAGUUGAAAUUUUGCUUCUUGGACAAUUCAAGCAUUCCUAAGCCUGUAGCGUAGAAAACAUCUGCCGUUAGGAAGGAUUCAGUUUACUAGAAAGGCCCUUUUAAAAAACUGGUUGUAGAAACUCACGAUGAUCUUUCUUUGUCUGGUUCAGAUACGAUACGGGAGGUGGAUGACGUGAUAGACUUGUUAAUCUAUGUCGUAUCAAUCCAAAGUUGUCUACCAAGAUAACAAUUUACAAUUUUAAAUGCUGACAAAAUCUUCUCUGAUGCUUCAUUUGUUUCCGUUUUAACUAAACGAUUUCCUUUUCUUCAGAGACCAAGCCUGAAGAUAACGCCACAAUAUUUCAUAGCUCUGCUAGGAUCAGCUCAAAAUAUAUGUUAAGAAGAUGCUUUUAGAAAAGCUCCUUUUUGGGGAGUUGUUUCAGUGUUGAGUCUGCCACAUUUGCCAAUUGAAAAUUUAUAUUUAUAAAUAUAAAGCCAAAACUUUCAUCGAUGUAGAAGUUGGGGCAUAUCUUAUCAAAAUCACUAUGUAAUGUUCCCUGAGCUACGUAGAUAAGCUUUUAAAUUUGCAUCUUUGCUUUGGGCAGUCCAAAUAUUUCGUUUUUUGACCAGUAAUAUUUCAUGUCUUUGUACGUGUUGAUAAGUGACGUACCUCUCGGCUGCAACCUUACCGAGUAUGUAUCUUAUAGAUGUAAACGAAAAUUCCUGGUGUCUUUGUAAGAAGCUAGCAACUAGUAGAAAUGGUUUCAUUUCAAUUGCAUGCACUAGGAAAGGAUCACGAUUUUGGUAAAAUGCUCUAUCGCUUGGGUAAGUCAGGUGCAUCUAAACUGAAUUAACUACUUUUAGGGGGUUACCUGAUACAUUCACCUAUCUCUAAAGAAAUCUUGCUCCUUCGUUUAUCUUUCAAUAGCAAUGAUAAUGUCACCUUUAAAAUAUGUGGAAUUUUAAGACAAAUUUAACUGUCUUAGGUGUUUUCCAAGAAAAAACCACUGUGUUGAAUGAAGCACCAUUAGUAAUCUUCAUUAUCAGGCAACUUUGCAGACAACAGACGUUUGGCUAACGGGCUGUUUUCUAGACAAUUGGCCUGUCCUGCUUUUCUAAUCCUUUCCCUACUUAUAGAUUUGAGUAGAAAAGGUUUCGAGUAAAGACCUCCUCCAAAGUGGUCUUUCGUGGAUAAGCAGAAAACGAUUUUGAAUCUGACGUCAUUACCAAGUGCUAUCUGGCCAUUACCUUGUGACACCAACAAACUAAGGGGCUUUACGAAGAGACUCUACAACGUUGUGGUUUUGCAUGGAAUUCCCAGUUUUCUAUUUUACACCAUCGCAUUUCAUUCGUGAAAGUUUCAAGUGAUAUUCAAAUGGUUUUUUAGCUUGUUUUGCACCCAUGAACUAGUUUAAGCUCCGUGAAGAUUUUUCCACCGCUAUGGCUUUUCUCAACUAAAAAGCUAUCCAUCUUUGUUCCAGUUCUUGUGUUUAGACCUUCGUUCAAAAGAUUAAUCUGACAGAGAUGCAUCGUUUUUCCUUUGUUAGCGAUAUGAUUUGGAGAAAAACAGAUCAGAAGAAGGUUUAAGGAACUCUUUAUCAAUUAAUCUUGGAUUAGCUGAUCAAUGAACAAAAUCGUCGAUGGAAGUCAAAUUGUAAAGGAUGACGUCAUAACUUGCAAAGACCUUCGAUAUAAAUGACUGUUAAGGCUGGGUCAAAAUGCGUUAUUAGUCGUUUUCGACAUUUCUGCGUGUUUCUAUCUCAAGUGAAUGCAAGUAGAAAGCUUUGGAGAUCCAACGAGUGAACCUUUCCAAGCUGAUUUUGAUAGCAAGUGCUUCGCUUCAUUCAUUGGUGAAAGCGUUGUCUAUUUAAUCUGGAUUUAGUUCUAGAAUGGUAUUAAAUAUGCGAUUUAAACCUGGUUUUAAAAUUUCAAGGAAAACGAAGUUUAAUGGCCUUGGGGCGAUUGGCUGUUUUUAUGUCUGCCUCAACGUGCGUUGACACAAUUCAAUAAUUUAUAAAGAGAGUUUGAAUUCUUUUUUAACUGACAGUACUUUGAAUUGUUAGACGAAUGUCACCCCACCUUCGGUCUGUUUGCCUAGCCCCAUAAAAAUUAUUUUUCUUGUUCCACGCAAAAUUGCUUGUCUUAAAGGUUUUUAAACUCUCAGCACUGGUCUAGAGUUGUCAAGAAACCUUCCAUUUCUACUUCUGUAAGAGAUACCAUUUUGUUUUCCAUGGUAACAGAAAAUCAGAAAAUCUUGUCUUCGAUGCAA